AAAACAGCAAUAUACUAAAACAGUGAGGGAUAAGAUUCUUUGUUAUCAAAGAUGAGGAUGAACCCCGUGUACCUUUCGGCGUUGAUAUUCUGCAUGAUUUUGGUCCUCGUGGCCGCCAACCUGGAUCUCGGACCAAUCAUCACAAUCGCACAGUGCCGAUCAACGUGCUUGCGACACCACAUGGACAAAGACGUCUGCGUGAAUGAUGAAAGCGACAUCCAAAGUGAUUGCGAUGAGGAUCAAGGUUGCGAAACCGCGUAUAAAUUUUACAUAACACGUGAAAACAACACAGAAGAGGAAAAGUAUGAUCCAACCAAGUUACCGGCACCUGAAGAAAAUGGAAUUAUCGACAUGAACGAGUACGACAUUGCCGUGUUAAUGCAGAAAAAUUUGCAGGGAAUAUGGGAAAAGAAACAUUAUUAUUAUGUAAAACAGCAGUUUGAAAUGAUACCGGGCGGUUGGGUUAUCAUUGUCGCAGAUGAUGGCGUAGUCAAACAGUACAGUUGGGAAAAGUGGCGACCAAAACUGGAAUCGCUCAAAACCGGUGGUCCCCUCUAUCAGGCUCAUAUCACGUGGCAGGACUGGCGGACUCAAUUAAAAAAUCAAUGCGAAAAGGUGACCUCGAAUUAUUUCAAAACCGUUUUAAAACGCCGGAUGACAAAGGAAAAACAAUCUAAACCGUCUUUUGUCGUUACUUGGCAGCAGGAGACGGGAGACGGUAUUAUGGGCAAUCAGGUAACGGACAGCGAAUCAGCACAGAUUUCUCUGCCACGUGGUAAAUAUUUGGUCAGAAUUGCCACCAACAACGGCCCUGGUAGUUAUCCGAUCGUGGUUGAUACUAAAAUUUACGAGAGCCCCAAAAAAUCAAAUGAUAAACAGUCUUACGUGCAAAAUUGUCCACAAGAUGUUAUAGUUUUUAACAAAGUGGAUGUUAAUGUCAUGAUAAUAUCGUUUUCAAUAACAACAAUACUUGGUUAUUGUUUUUUGGGCUAUAAAUAUGGAAAGUAUCGAAGAAUGAAGAAAAAACAGAUUAAGAGAUUAGAUGAAUGCUUAACGGGAAUAGAAAAACUCACGAAGGCACAAAAUUAUACGGAAUUGCAGAUGAAAGAAGUGAAGCUUGAUAUGCCAUUUUUAUGUCCUAAUUGUAGUCACUCUUUAACGAAUUUGAAAAGCAAGUUAUUUGACACGAGCAUCGACGAAGAUGUAAAAGAGACAGAUGCAAAUGCGAACACGCAGAAUGCGAAUGCAAAUAUGAUUUAAAAACCUCUCAUACUUUUCUAAAAAAACUUGACAAAACUUUUCUCGCUUAACUCUUGUUGAGAAGAAAAUCUCAGGGACUUCAAUUUGCUAUUAUGUAGUAUGAUCUUUUAACAGCGUGCAAGAUAAAGAGGGAAUCGAUAGAUAUCUUGCAAUUCUCACAAUGAUAAACGAAUUAUUUUGACGUUUUCCAAUGCACAUUCUCC